AUGCCUGCCGAUAUUGAAGCAUUCCCACCGGGCGUCGAGUACUCCCCGAAGGCUGAUCUCCGUGGAGAUGUCUACAGGCCGUUGCCAAAGAUCGCUACCGGGACUGUUGACCCGGUUGUGAUGACAGAUGACGUACCUACUUCUUACAAUCAGACCGUCCUGGACGAUUUGAAUACAGCCUUGGCCAGCAACAAUGCCGAAAAAGUGGCCGACUGCUUCUAUCCGGAACAGUCCAAUGUCGUCGCUGCUGCUCUACUACAAGUGAAAUCCCUUCGGAGAAUCGACGGCGAAAUCAAACUCGCUGGUGAUCCACACUUUGUUGCUAUGAGUUCCGUCACGGAUGAAAAGCUGUUCUCAUAUCCCAGUAGAGACCUGAACGAGAGCAAGACAAUCAAGACCGAUGAAUUCCUCGUUGGAGGCGGAAGCUCUGGCCGAGACACGCCGAAUGAAGACUAG